GCCCCAGUUAUUUUGAAAGUAUUAUUCGCUAGUUUAACGUUUGACGUAUGACUUUGAUGACAUUUUAGUGGUCUAUUUUCAUUGCAAUUUUGUUGACUUGUUAGGUUGUUGAUGAUUGUACUGGGUUGGAAUGAUCAACAGGUUACUAUUGGUGGUUAGCUUACUGUCUAUAGCUAGCAAGCUAACAACAACAGCAAAUAUGUGGGGCACUCUCUCUUACCAACUCUGUCUGGUUGCCAACUACUUGCCUAAAACUAAUCUCAGUACCCAAAAAUGUGUUGGGGUCUCUAGUCUCUGAAUUGUGAGAUUGGCUCAAACAGACAUCCCAGGGGCGCUAAUGCCAGUCAGGAGGGCUCUGGUAAAUUGUGUAGUACUAUCCCUACAAGACACAUGCGUUUACUAUCCAUCUUGCGAAGGCUGUUUCUCUAGGAUAAACAUACAUCCGACUGACACUGCAAGAUGCUUAAAAUGUGGACACAGCUAUCUGAAAGAGCAAGUUAACUACAGGUAUCGACUUUCCCUGAGAGUGGUCAAAGAUACCCAUAUAUUUGGAGUGACAGUGUUUGGAAGUUGCCUCAACUCCUUCUUUGGCAUACCUGCUUCUGGUUUGCAGAGGCUGGUAGAGGGAUCUGAGGAGCAGCAUGGAGGACACAGCCAGGCCUCACUACUCGUCAAGGCUGUGAAGGACUGCUUUGUUGGAAGACAUUUUAUAUUUGGGAUCAAGGUAGCUGAUAGCGACCGGUUGUUUAGCCCUCAUUCAAGCACUCGUCCUUCCCUGCUGGGCUCCAACCAAGAAGCAAGCCACUUCAUCGCCAGUCAGAUUACUCUCCCGUGUGCUGCAGCCCCAGGCUGUUCUGUGGUCAGUUACUACAGGAGUCUCCUUCAGCAUGCAGUGGUCAACAUUGACCCCUGUGCUACAUUCAGACCCCCACCAUCUUCCCUGCUGCUACUGCCCUCCACGCCCUGCAGCUUCAACACCACCCUGCCCUCCUGCCUGUGCUCCCCAUCACAGUGCCACAACAACUCUCUCACCCCCACACCACCCUGGCAACAGUCGUUAGGGGUGGUGACCUCAUCAGCGGAGCAGGAUGAGGGCUGUAGUUUUGAGGGGGAUGGAGGAGAGCUUACAGGCAGGCAAAGACAUGCCCAGCGUCAGGAGACUUCUGUUUGGCUGGACAGCGUCGGAGAGAAGGAACAUUCUGUUGACAGGGUGUCACCUCCCACGUCAACCUGCUGCCCUGACGAAAUAUCCUGGGAUGGAAACAGUUUUUGGAAUCUUCUGCCAUCUUACACGGCGUCUCCCGAAUCGCCUGUCCACAGAUUGGCUGUACACACUACCACCACGCACACACGGCCUGCUCCACCAGUGCCUGUCCACGGUGGGAAUCAACCAAUAAGCAACACGGUGAGGGAGAGUCUUGACAGGGAGGAGCAUGUAGAUGAGAACAGCAGGUCUUUGUCAGAUUCAGUGGCUUGGGAGGACAUGCCCUUCUCUGAGAGCAUUGGGGAAUUUGUGUGUGAAGCAGAUGGACAGUUGGACAGAUUCCAUAAAAAGGAGCCAAAUAUAAUGAAGGAAAAUGGGGAAAGGAAUAGCAUGUCAUCACAUUGCUCAUACGCUAAGACAUCUUUAAUUGAUUCUCAUGACAACUCACCGUCCUCCCCCACUUCCUGUGACGGGGCUUUGCUAGAUAUUACCAAUGCAGCUCUCAUCAUCAAAAACCCUAAUGUCAGCCGUUCCAGUUGGCAGACCUGCCGUGGUCUAGAUCCGACAGAGAGUGUGUUUCCCGUCAAAGCUAUAAAUCCAGAGCUGACUGGGGAGUGUGGGCAAGACAGCGAGCAACAGCUCGGAGCACAUGAUGAGUACAACUGCUCAGCGGACCUUUUUCACUGUUCUCAAAUCCGCACAGACGCCAUCAUGUCUAAGACCAAUUCAGACCCAAAGGGUGGACCCGAUACACUAGAUUUGGAUGGCAGUGUAGACAGUGCAUUGUACACAUCUGAAUGUUUGCAUUCUCCCGACUUUGUCCCGUUCUCCCAGUCUACGCCUGUGGGUAAGAGAACAGGCUCUGUCGAGGUACCCUUUUUUAGAGGUAGCAGCCGUACGCACGCUGCAAGAACCCACAUUAAUAACAGACAAGAAUCCAAAACAGACAGCAGUAGACACACGCCCAAAGCCCACACAAGGACACCUUGGAAGCUGGAGCCCAGACAGUUUGUGCUGGCUCAGCAGUGUCUGAGGGUACACAAAACAACUCCCAAAGGAGCACCAAAGAGGAGGACAAAAAGUGGAAGAGUGUGUGACUCGAGUCUGAGCAUGUUCGAUAUUGACACUGAAAUCCCCCCUACAUGUAAAGUCCGACGCUCAGUUCGUCUUAGACACAAAUCAAACUCAAGCUGUGAAAGAGCCCUGCAGGACAGAGCUACAGCCCAUCAACAAUACGGGUCAGGACUGAAACAAAGGCUGAUAGAGAACUAUGUUGUCAUGGACCGUGAUGAACUAGGUUGCAGUGAAAGGAAGGGAUCUCAUGAAAGGACUGCUACAGACCCUGGCUUGUCUCUAUUAGAGGGUUCACUACGACAUGAGAAGAGUGAUGCAUGUGAUUUGUCUCAAGACCUGUUUGCUGACUCUUUUUAAGUGUCUCAAGACUUUGAGCCUCACUUGGGGUUUAAUUUUAAUGGAAUAUGUCACCAAUAAUAGUGUUUGUUAAGAAAUUGUAAAAACAUACUGUUUAAUGUAGUAGUACAUCAUGUCAUGCAAUUUAAUUAGCCAGCUUGAACAGAAAAUGCUGUUAGUCAAGUCAAAUUAAAUUUAUGAAAUGCAUACAUUAAA